AGGAGAGUGUCGAGUCCCACACUUUUUGCGUCAUCCUGUCGCUAAAGGCGAAAAUCGCCAAUCACUUUUACUAGCUUGUUACAGCAAACGGAUACCGGGAGAACCGGGAGUUUUCCAAGAUGAGUAGUUCAGAGGAAGUGUCAUGGAUCUCCUGGUUCUGUGGACUACGGGGAAACGAAUUCUUUUGUGAGGUUGAUGAAGACUACAUUCAGGAUAAGUUCAACUUAACAGGACUCAAUGAACAGGUUCCACAUUAUAGGCAGGCUCUUGAUAUGAUUUUGGACCUGGAGCCAGAUGAGGAGCUUGAAGAUAACCCUAACCAGAGUGACCUGAUCGAGCAGGCAGCUGAGAUGCUCUACGGGCUGAUCCAUGCCCGCUACAUCCUCACCAACCGUGGCAUUGCCCAGAUGCUGGAGAAGUACCAGCAGGGCGACUUUGGCUACUGCCCCAGAGUCUACUGUGAGAACCAGCCCAUGCUGCCCAUUGGCCUUUCUGACAUCCCUGGAGAAGCCAUGGUGAAGCUCUACUGUCCCAAGUGCAUGGAUGUGUACACGCCCAAGUCCUCUCGGCACCACCACACGGAUGGGGCCUACUUCGGCACAGGCUUCCCCCACAUGCUGUUCAUGGUGCACCCCGAGUACCGUCCCAAGAGACCUGCAAACCAGUUUGUGCCCAGGCUCUAUGGCUUCAAGAUCCAUCCCAUGGCCUACCAGCUGCAGCUGCAGGCUGCCUCCAGCUUCAAGAGUCCAGUCAAAGCCAUCCGCUAGGACCCCGAGAGGAGAAGGAGGGUUGGAGGAGAGGGGGCGAGUGGGUGGGGGCUGGGUGGGGGAUAAUUAUAGGUGGAGGAGGAGGAAGAGGAGGAUGAUGAUGAUGGGGAGGUGGGGGAGUGGUGGUGUACCUCAGUUACCACACAACACACACACACACCCACCAUUGCUGGGGCAGAUAAGAAGUGUUUUGUUUUAGAUUUAGUGACCUUGAGAGAAGACCUUGAAUUAUAAAGAGUGUGUGUUCUAUAUACAAAAAAAGGACGGACGGCUUUAGAAAAACAAAAAAAAGUUCUCUUCUCUGUCACAUGCACAUACGCUCAUACACGUUGUGUACACACACACACACACACACACACACACACACACACAUUGUGUGAGGAGGGGAGAGGAUAUCCCAUUUGCUUUUAAGUCUGUGAUCAUUGCAAACCCCUUUUGUUUUAAACCAGGAUGUUGCAUUUUUAGUGCAAGCCUUUCUCUCUUUUUUUUUUUUUUAAUGUCACCCCUCCCCCUUUUCAUAAUGUGACUUUUAAAAGUCGCCGAGUUUGAGCUCGAUUGUCUUCUGUAGCUUUCCCCAGCUCUUCACGGUCAACACGAGUAGAGCCGCCAAGGUCACCGGUAAAAGCGGCUGACGCCAGGGUGACAUGCGUCUGUCUUGUGUCUCUUGUUACUGUAGUCAAGUCAGAACACAGAUGCAUUCUGGGUCUCCCCUCCUAGGUGGUUGUAUGUGCAUCCUUUGACUCUCACAGUUCACUGCUCAACCGCCCAGUCUAACUUGCCUUAAUGCAGUCAGUGGAAGCCCUGGGGUGCAUCAAAGGGUUACGGUGUGUGUGUGUUCAGACUAGAAGGCAGAGGCUGUGUAUUGGUUCUUGGCUCCGUUGCAGCGUCUAUUUCUGCAGGUUGAGCAGGCGUCUCUAACCGUGACGUCCAGAAGUGUGGGGUACAUCUGAAAUGGCAACGUGUUCAUACUCUUCCCCAACCCCGCCCCCCCCCCCCCUCUUUCCCCCUUCUCACAAACAAACACACACAAACAAACAAAUACACAAACGUUCAUCAGGCGCGCACAAGCACUGACUCUUAUUGGUGGUUCCUCUGCCUCCAGUCAAAUAAUUUAUGUGAGAUGUGUUAUAGGACAUGGCCUCCAUGAUGACAUUUUGUUUUCUCAUUUCUGUGUUUUUUGCUUUUGUUUUUUCCCCCUUCCUCAGAGUGCAUCAGAUGUUAUUUGUGUGGUAGGCAGAUGUGGCCAGCUUUCUGAGUUUUUGAAAGAAUUACGCAGGAUGGAUGGAUAGAGUGGAUUGUAAUUAUUGUUAGUUUUAACUUGUUUUUUUUCUAGUUAGUUCUUUUUUUUUUUCUUUGCAGUUGUCAAAGAGGAACCAGGGUUCAUAUUUCACAAUAAACAUUUUUUUUCCUAAAAAAAA